UUUCUUACGUCAUUUGUCAUAUAGAACUAUAAACUUAAAUCGUAAAGCAGCAUUUCCUAUUGGUUACGGGGUUAAAAUGGGUGGGGACUUUUGGAUGUGGUAUGCGUGAAUGGCCCCGUUAAUCAGCGGCUAUCACAACGGCUAAGCACACAAACAACUUGGACAGGUUCUUGUGUUUACUUACGAUUUGAAUCGAGUGCAAGCCGACAGCUGAGCGAACGCGAUUCAGUUCUAAAAAGACCAGCGCACGGAUUAGGCUAUAAUAAAGCCCUCGCCCUUGUUCUCGCUCUGAACCCACACGUGACACAAGAUGAUCAAGAUGAGUCUAAUGCCAAUUCUAAUGCUAAUGCUAAUGCCAAUGGCGAUCAUCAUUGGCGCCAUCGAACAAUCGAGCGAUGUCGCUGAUCGAUUUCCGCUGUCCAUUAUACACAUUAACGAUUUACAUGCCAGAUACGAGCCAACGGACACUGGCGGCGGCACCUGUGGUGAGGAGGAGCAAUGCAUCGGCGGCUAUGCGCGCACCGUUUACACGGUGAGGCGUCUGCUCGAGGAGCAGAAGGACUACAAUCCCAUCUACAUCAAUGCGGGCGAUAGCUUCCAGGGCACGCUCUGGUACAACAUCGGACGCUGGAAUGUGACCCAGGAGUUUCUCAAUAUACUGCCAGCCGAUGCGAUGACUCUGGGCAACCAUGAGUUCGAUCAUGGCGUCUCUGGCUUGGUGCCCUUCCUGAAGACCGUGCAGACGAACAUGCUGGUGGCGAACAUGGACUGCGCCCAUGAGCCCACCAUGGAAGGCCUCUACGAGAAAUCGAAAAUCUUGGAACGUGGUGGCCGCAAGAUCGGUCUGAUUGGCGUCAUCCUAGAGACCACCUAUGACCUGGCCAACACAGGCAAUCUGAUCUUCCGCAACGAGAGCGAUACGAUCCGCGAGGAGGCGCGCUACCUGUCGGAGCAGGGCGCCAACAUCAUCAUCGUGAUCUCGCACUGCGGCUACGAAGUGGACAAGGUGAUUGCCGAGCAGGCGGGCGAUGUUAUCGAUGUCAUUGUGGGCGCCCAUUCGCACACGUUCCUCUACACGGGCGUGCCGCCUGGACCGGACAAGGCUUAUGGCGACUAUCCCACCGAGGUGACUCACAGCAAUGGCCAUCGUGUGCUCAUCGUUCAGGCGGGCGCCUAUGCCAAAUAUGUUGGCAAUCUAACGGUGUAUUUCGACAGCAAAGGCGAUGUUAUCGACUUCGAGGGUGCACCCAUCUAUAUGAGCAAUGAUGUGCCUCAGGAUGAAACUGUGGUGAGAGCUAUACAGCCAUGGAAGGAGGUCAUCGAUAAGGAAGGCAAGGUGGUCAUCGGCCAAACCCUUGUCGAUCUUACCAAAGAGGAUUGCGGCAGAAGGGAAUGCAAUUUGGGUAACUUCGUCUGUGACUCGAUGGUGCAUACGUUUGUCGGCCUAUCAUCCUUUGAGAGUCCACAGUGGACGAAUGUUUCGAUAGCUUUGGCAUCCACGGGCGGUAUGCGCGUGCCUCUGCAUCGUGGCAAUCUGACCUAUGCGCAUAUGGUGAGCAUGGCGCCGUUUGAGAACCAGUUGAUGGCCUUCAAUUUGCCGGGCCAGAACAUUAUCGAUGCCCUGGAGUAUGCAGCUAGCAAGAUUGAUCUGGAGAACGGGGUAACCAGCUCGUAUAUAAUGCUGCAGGUGUCCGGCCUGAAGGUGACCUACGACUAUACCAAGCCGAUCAAUUCACGUGUUAUCUCUGUGCUGGCCCGUUGUGCCGACUGCGAUGUGCCCGUCUACAAGCCACUCGAUCCGGCUCAGUCCUAUCGCAUUAUCACCCCCAGCUUUUUGCAAGGCGGCGGCGAUGGUUUUAGCAUGCUUAGUACGGGCACUGACAUCCAAGUGAGCAUUACGGACAUAGAUGCCCUCAUCUCGUACACCAGCAAUGUGAAUCCUAUCUACACGGGCCUUGAGGGUCGUAUUACGGUGCUAAACUAAACCACGUUUUUAGACGAUAAAUAUUGAUCUAUUUUUAACGAUAAAUAUCGAUUUAUAGCAUUGGUUUUUUUGAAAAAAAAAGAAAAACUAUUGAUUCGAGAAUUUUCAAGAGUAUAUUCCUCUAUCAAAUAGGCAAUUUGCUAAAAAUCGAUAAUUAUCGAUAGUUACAAAUAUGAGCUUUAUUCCUUUAAAAAUUUAACCAAAUUCAGAUGUACAUAAAUCAAUUUUUUGUGAAUAAAAUCUAUUUGUAAACUA